AUGCAGCUGCCAAAACCAUUUCUCGGUGCGCUUGGAGGGGCGUUUAUUACUCUCCAGCUGCUGUUUCUCGCGAACAUGUGCUAUCUGUAUGGUACCGCCUAUCAUGACUCCCUUCGAUACAGCACUAUGAAGCUUUUGUUUGUGGAUUACGAUCAGGACGUGAUUGGCCAGUCCGUCAUGACAGCGUACGACCAAAUGAAAGGCCCGUCAUUUCCAACCGUCCAGCGACAUCCCAUAACCGAAUACCCCACGGAGCAGGAUGUGCGAAAUGCCGUUUGCAAAGGUCAUUACUGGGGUGCCAUAUAUUCCAAAGCAAAUGCUUCCGCCCGCCUAGCCACGGCACUUUCUUCCCCAGAAGCUGCUAGGGUGUACAAUAACUCCCAAGCAUUGACUUAUAUCUGGAAUGGGGCCAAAUACUCCGCCUAUGCCCAAAGCGUGUAUUCGAUGCUGGUUCAGCUCGUCCAGGGUACAGGCGGUGUUUAUGAUCAAAUGAAUGGGACUACGAUUUUAUCAACCGCCAAUAUUUCCGACCCAUACAUCGCCAAAACUGUGCUUGACCCUAUCUCAAGCUCUUCAAUUGAUCUCCAGCCUAUGGCUCAAGGAGUCCGUUUUUACUAUAACACUGUCUCCAUGGUCAUGCCCAUUCUGCAACAAUUCUUUUUUCUCAUGGCGCUCAACGGUAUCUCUGCGCAGUUUAAGAUCUUCUCCAGCCUCUCGCUAAAACAGAAUAUGGUUCUCCGGCUGAUUAUCUCCAUUUGUUAUACAUUCAUCGCCUCCCUCUGUAUGAGUGGCUACAUCUGGGCAUUCCGGGAAGAUUGGAACGCCACGUCCGAUCAAUUUGGAUUGACAUGGAUGGCAAUCUGGCUAGUCAUGCACCUAAACUUCCUGAUCAUCGACGCCGCCACAGCAUUCAUUCCGAUGCAGUUCAUGUCCUUCUUCAUGUUAACCUGGAUCAUCCUCAAUGUCUCAAGUAGUAUCGGCCCUUUUGAACUCUCCCCCGGGUUCUACCGGUUGGGCUAUGUUUUCCCUGCCCACGAGCUCUAUGAGAUCCUACUUCAGAUUUGGACCGAUGGUUGUAACCCGCACUUGUACCGAGCCCUACCCAUUCUAUGGUCUGAGUGGAUUGUUGCUCUGGGCCUUUCUUUACUUGGGAUGAGAAAGCGCACUAAGCCAGUGACGCCUGUGCAGGUGACGAGUCAAGCUGUGAAGGAGGAUAUGGCCUGA